AUGGAUCUUUUUGGCAUCUUCGGAAAGAAGGAUGAAAGCUCGACGGAGCAGAAACCAAGUGAUUUCGAGCAGCAAGACUCCGUUCAAGACCGCCUGUAUGCGCUGGAGAAGCUGAUCGAGAAGAGCGAGUCCUACUGCGAUCUCAUGCAUACUCUCAUAGAGAAGGACGUCUUGUCGGUCGAGACGCAAACAUUCGCCAACGCAAGCGCCGGCUCUCGCUCCACCGUGGGGAUUAUGAUCAAGGGUGUGGUAAUCGACAACCUUCUGACUGGAGGGCCGGCGGCCAACAGCAAGAAGAUGGCGAAGGGAGACACGAUCUUGAAAGUUGAUGGCAAGAGCUGUACCUCCGACAACGUCCUCGACCUUCUCCGAGGAGAGGAUGUUCCUGGCUCGCUGGUGGUGCUCACCCUACAGCGAAACAGGGAGGAAUUCGACGUCGCGCUGGCGAGGAUGGCGACGGGGGAGCUGGCGGACAAGAAGAAGAUGUUCGAGCUCUUCACAGCCGUCAAGGAUCACGCAGUGAAGAGUCAGGACAGAGACGUCGCUUCCAUCGUCGACGAGUCCAUCACCUUGUGGACCAACAUGCUCGAGGCCGACGCUGUCCACGACCAGACCAUCGUUGACAACGUGCAGGCAAUGCAGCUGGAGGGGAUCAUCUUCGUCAAGAAGCUCAAGGAGCUCCUGGCUCAGCUCCGCGCCAUCUACGUACAGGACAUGAAGUUCUUCCAGAAGCCUCUAAGCCCAUCACAGCUCGCCGACGACCUCAAGUCCGAGAAGGGGAACAGCGCUCUGCUGGAGAAGCUGCAGAAGGAGAAUGCAGACAUGAAGGAAGAGCUUGCCAAGCUGAGGGGCAUGGGGGAUGCGCUCAAGUCGAGAGACGAGGAGAUCGAGAGGCUGAAGAAGCAGCUCAAGGAGGAGCAGGAGGGCAGAAGCCGCGCUGAGGGAGAGCUCAAGAAUUUGCGGGACGAGCACAUGAAGUGCGAUGAGAUCAUCAAGGAGCUCAGGAACCAGCUCGAGUUGUCCAAGUCGCGCGUCAAGCUCGGAGCCUCCGCGCCUCGCAAUCCUCGCUGCGGCGUCGGCAUCGUCUUUGCCAAGGACGAGACCGACCAAGUGCUGGAGGGGAAGAUCUUCGUGCAGUCCAUUGUUCCUGGAGGAGCUGCUGCAGAUUGCAAGAAGAUCCAGCCCAACGACGUCCUGGAGAAGAUCGAUGGGAAAGUCAUGGGGGACUUGCAAGAAGUUUUUCAGAAUCUUGUCGGAAUGGAGGGGACGGAGGUCACCCUAGAACUCUCUCGCGCCUCUCAAGUUUUCACCGUCACGCUGAACCGCAAGCCAGCCAACACAACUCAGCUUGUGUGA